AUGGAAACACUGGCCUCCGUCUGGGCCCGUGACCUCGGUGACCUUGGUGACCCCGGAGAUGGCAGGGGCUCCUGCCAGCAGCACGAGCCGGUGGCGGCAUGGGCUUCCUGCAUAGUAGAUGCAAAUAUCUCUGUGGUCUGCUUUGACAGCAUCAGCAUUAGAAACAGUGUGUGCCCUGUGGCCCUCACCAUCAAGCAGAAGUGUGAACUGUCCAAUGGCCACCAUGAGUUCAUCCUUACAUUCUCCAGUGUCAUCCAAGCCUGUGUCCUGGAAAAGUCUCACAAGUCCAUCUGUUAUGGCCUGCGCGCUUCGGUCAGCACCCAGUUCAAUCAGUCCAAGAAAGUCCGAGAGGCCCAGUGUGUUCUGAACUACAGCAGUCCUCCUGGCCCGGUGUGGACAGACCAGCUGUCCCCUCACCUCCAGAGGAACAAACAGCUUCAAGACACCCUGCUGCAGAGAGAGGAGGAGCUGGCCAGGCUGCAGGAGGAAAACAACAAACUCAGAGAGUUCCUCAACUCCUCCUUUGUGAAGAACCUGGAGGAAAAGGCAAAGAAGCUAGAUGUUGAGGGCAGAAAGAAGCUAAAGAGGAGCCUGCAACAUGCCGACAAUGGAACUUUCCAGAACCUCUGCUCCAGUCGCCUCCUCCUGGACACCCAGCGGAUCAGCAAGAGGGUCUGCAGGAACCUCACUGCCGAGUUCUGCUCUCAGCCUGAGAUAUCUGCAGCCUCAGAACCAAACCUGGACCUCUGGGUUCUGCGAACACUGGGACUGAAGGAUCGGGACACCAUCGAUACCUCUGAUGACUCCUCCUCCUCCUUCACUAAACAGACACAAUCACAGGAGACAAUCGAGCUCAUGAAGUCACCAGAAAGAUUGCAGUUCUCUCCCAUCUUGGCGUCAACUCCUGUCACAUCUCACUACUUGAGUUCCAUGGAGCAUCACACUCCAAGCAAGCACUGCCAGAGCCCUACCAGCACACUCGGGGGAGCUACUGCCACCCCUCAGCCUCCUGCCACGCCGCAGAUGCCUUGCUGCCGGACAGACAUAGCUUUCAGUAUGUCCCUCAGCCCCUCCAGCAGUGUCAAGACACACAGCUUCCCCCAGGGACAAGCCUUCGUCAGGAAGGAUACACAGGGCCGAUGGAACUUCACCUGGGUCCCCAAACAAGAACCAUAG